UCAUGGCGGAUGCGGCAAUUAUUGGCGAACAAAUCGAGGACGAUGAGGUGCAAGAGAUCCUGAAGACGGGUACCGAUUUGCGCCAAUAUUCGGCCCAGAUCGAGAAAGAAUUUAAGGAGGUGGAGAACCGAUCGAUCGAUGAUUACAUCAAGGAAAGUCAAAACAUUGCCAACCUGCACAACCAGAUUGGCAACACAUCGAACAUCCUGGAGCGUAUGGAAUCGAUGCUGAUGGACAUACAGGAUGCGCUGAACAACAUCAGCACCGAGAUUACUUCACUGCAGAAAAAGUCCGUUUCGAUGUCGGUGCAGCUGACGAACCGGCAAUCGAUCCGGGCGCAGAUUUCGCAGUUUAUCGAAGAUAUGGCCGUGCCGGAAGAGAUGGUUGCCUGCAUCAUGGACAGUCCGGUGACGGAGAAAGAGUUCGUGGGUCAUUUGAACGAGCUGAACCACAAGCUGAAUCUGAUGAAGGAGUUGAACUUUAAGGAAAGCAAAUCGUCGCAAGACGUGAGUGAUGUGCUGCAGAAGCUGAAAAUCAAAGCCAUGAGCAAGCUGCGCCUGUAUCUGAUGGAGCAGAUCUACAAGUUCCGCAAGCCGAUGGCCAACUAUCAGAUACCGCAGAAUGCGAUGCUAAAGUACAAGUUUUUCUUUGAGUUUAUCCUCUCGAACGAGCGUACUGUGGCGCAGGAAAUUUGCAACGAGUAUGUGGACACGAUGAGCAAGAUUUACUACAGCUACUUCAAGAGCUACUCCACACGGUUGGGAUCGCUCAAGUUUGAGGAAGCGGUGUCGAAGGAUGAUCUGAUGGGGCUAGACGAUUCCGUACCGAAGAGUAUCUUCUCGAAAACGAGCUCGCUGAAGAACAAAAGCACGGUCUUUUCGAUCGGAGACCGGGGUGAAGUACUUAACCAACAGCUGGAAGCACCGAUCAUUGUGCCGCACGCACAGCAAAAGUUCCGGUACGCGUACGAAGCACUGUUCCGGUCGGAGCAGUACGCGCUGGUCGAUAACGCAUGCCGGGAGUAUUUGUUCGUGACGGACUUUUUCAUCGUGCGUGGUCCACAGGCGCAGGAACUGUUUAAUCAAAUUAUGGGCAAAACGACCGCAUUAUUGAUUAAAAAUUUGGAAACAUACGUUCAGGAUUGUUACGACACGAUAGCACUGUUCCUGUGCAUUCAGCUCUGCUUCCGAUAUCAGCUGAUGUGCCACAAACGAUGCGUGCCGGCCUUGGAUAAGUAUUGGGACAACUUGCACGCGGUAAUUUGGCCCCGGUUCGAGCAAGUGUUUCGAAUGAACAUUCAAAGUAUUCAGGACUGUGAUCCGACCAAGUUUCCCAAAGAAACUGGACCACAUUACAUUACUCGCCGCUAUGCCGAAUUCUCAGCCGCAAUUGUCGGCAUAACGGAAAAUUUCCCGAACGAGCUGGUCAGCCACAUGCUGCUGGAGCUACAGGAAGAGGUGAAAUGUUUUAUGCUACGGAUGGCCGCCAUCUUUACGACGCGCAAAGAGCAGUUGAUCUAUCUGAUCAAUAACUACGAUCUAGUGCUGGGUGUACUGAUGGAGCGGACCCGAGACAACUCGAAGGAAGCGGAAGCGUUCCGCGAACUGCUAAGUACACGGAGUGCGGAAUAUGUGGAGGAAAUACUGGCCCCACAUCUUGGUGGUAUUAUACAGUUUGUGAAGGACUGCGAGCAGAUGCGGGACAAGGAGCAGACGGAGGAACUGAAGCGUCAGGAGCGCCGGUCUCUGCAGUUGGUGGCUAAUUUUAGUGCCAACUGGAAAAAAUCGUUAGAAGAACUUAAUCGCGAGGUGUUUCUUUCAUUUCCAUCGUUGUUGACGGGGUCACAGCUGUUGCAGCUUGCGCUGGCUCAGCUUGUCCAGUACUAUCACAAGUUCUACAAGCUUCUAACGCCAAAUGCCCGUGCACAGCUGGUGAACAUUCAUGUGAUAAUGAUCGAGGUGAAGAAGUACAAGAGUAACUUCUAG